AUGAACUAUAUCGUUCGCUCCACCGCUCAAGGUGCUGCCAGCACUAGAGAGGAACGAAGCUCACCUGGUCCUGUCAUCGUCUUGGAACGAAGAUCGUGUGACGUUGCGGUACCUAGCGUGGAGGCCUACCGCCAAAGUCUACCAUCCACGCUUGAUCGCUUGUCCGCCCAAGGCUCAGAGAAGCAGGAACAGAACGACAGCGAGACCAUCGUCAAGACAGAACCUAUUACCGACGGUGAUUCCUACCCCCAAUCGCCCAGGAGCAUCUUUUUCUUCAAGCGAAUGGUGGACGGCCGGCCUCAUUUCGACGCUUUGCAAGAGGUUGACCCAGGCCGAACGCAGCUGACUGACGAGCAAGCAAAGACCGAGUACGCGCUUUGGGAAACCGAAGAAGGCGACUUCAUCUAUAGACAGACCGGAACUGACUUUCGAAUGCUACGGUGUAUCGGGAACGUCGAGUAUCGCGGCGAGGAAGGAGACACUCAAGUGAAGCACAAUUUUGCCACCAAAACCUUGGGUUUCAUCGCGAUUCGGGGUGCAGAUUCCUCAUUGGAUGUUCUCAAGCUCUCUGUGAGCGGCACAUCAUUCAUUCCUCUUCGGGGGUCGAAGGACAACUUUCUCUACCAUGCGCGAUGGCACCGACGAGUGAAGAGAAUGGCUCAACACCUUGGCCUCAACUUGCGAACGUUCUACGAUGGCGCCGGCAAGCCGAUGACAGCAGAGAAUUGCGGCAAUUGGAGGGCCGGUCAUAUCGAGAAGAAACUCGCCACAUACAUGGUCUAUGCAACGGUGUUUGCCCACCAUAUCAAGCCGGAAGACAGUCACGACAUCUCUCUAAAGGACCUAAGCCGGCUUCGCGAGCGCCUCCGAGACCAAGGUCUUGCGCCUCACUACGAGAUACAUAUCAGCAGAGCGCCGUGCGGUACACCUCAGCGCCCCGGCCAGUGCAUCCCGUUCGAGAACAAUCUGAUCCUUGAUGGCUCUGUGCCCCGCAGACCCAGAACACGUCCAGUCAACAAGGAACUUUCCGCUCUUCAUUCUCAAGAGCAUCUUGCUGUCUCUAGUCUCAACGAUGACUACGACAGUGAGGAGGAGGAUCUCUUAAUCCAUCUUGCCGAAGUUGAGGGCCGUAAGGACGACAUUGUGUAUGACGGAUUCGAGAUAGCGGAGAACGAGCCUCGCACCUACGAUGCUCGAGCUUCUCAUGAUGAUGAGAUCGACAUGUCUGACAAGGAUUCCUCCGCGCUUCCUCAGCAGCACAUACCUCCUGAGGUGGCGGCACAGUUUGGCGAGAACCUCCGAGCGAAAUUCACUCGAAAGGAAAAGCAAACCACAGAGGCGGCCACCGAGACUGCUGAAAGCACCGAGAGCGUCGAAGAAAUCGAAAGAGAACUGUCUUACGUCGACCUCGACCGUCCUCCCUCACAAAGUCAAUAUUGGGAUGCGCCUGCUUCUGCGGCCACCGAUGCGGUACCGCCGGUACGUAGAGGUUUAGCAAAGGUGGACUCCAAGAAGACACGUGCCCGAAAACUGAAGAAGAGAAGAGCAAAGGCACUUGGGAAGAAAAAUCCAGAGGGCUCUGUUUUUGCGGCUCGCCUGGGGGCGAUGCUCGGCUCAAGUCAGCGGAUUGGUUGA